UACUGCAUGUGCAAAGCAAUAAAAACAAGUGGUCUUAAACACUAACUAAAACAAAAAGAAAUAUACGUAAAUGUAUCGCGUCACUGCUUACAAAAUCAACGCUAAACGCUAACAACAACAACAACAACUAAAUUUACAACACCUACACACACACUCGCGCGCACGCUAAACAGAAUCACAAUGGCCAGAGAUAGGCUGCCAGAGCUUUUACAGCGCUCACUGAGCGCCAACUCAACGUCUUCAUCAUCGAACGGUUCGUUGUUGCUCAGCGCUUACAACGCCACCACCGAAUCCCUAACCAGCAACAACAACAACAACGUGGAAAACAAUAAGGAUCGUAGCAAAAUGUCGCAGCAAGGAACGAAUGUGGAUGCUAUUCUGAAUCCGUAUUCGGAAAUUCGUUAUCAACUGUCGCAAAUCGUGAGCAAUCUGGAUGCCAUGGAGCGCAUGUCGCAGACCAUCCAUUUGCGCACCUUCAGCGAGAACGAAAUGGAUGAGCUGCACAACAAGAAUCUGCGACUGGGCAAUCACCUGAUGAGUCGGUUCAGGGAGUUCAAAGCGAACCUGCCGCCAGAGACGGACUACAGCCUGGAAGCGCGCAUGAAACGCACCCUGUUUUACGGCCUUUACCAGACCUUCAUCAAUCUAUGGCAAAAGAACGAACAGUUCCUGCAGAACUAUGAGACGAAGGUGAAGAAGAAUCUUCGCUUGCACUCCAAAAUCAUCAAUGCAGAGGCCAGUGAACAGGAGAUUGAGCUGCUGAUAGAGAACAAGACAACGAAGCUCUUUGUCGACAAUAUACUGCAAGAGACAGAUAAGGAACGGCAGACGCUGCGUGAUCUGAUGGACCGGUUCAACGAACUGCGCAAGUUGGAGAAGUCCAUUGAGGAUGUCCAUGCGCUGUUUAUGCGCAUCCAAACGCUCGUCAUGGAGCAGAGCGAGACGAUACAGCGCGUGGAAUUCCAUGCGAAUCAAGCGACGCUCUACACUGAGAAGGGCGGCACGGAGCUCGACAAGGCCAACGAAUACCGGGAAAAGGCGCGCAAAAAAAAAAUAAUGCUCAUUGCCAUACUCGUUGCAGUUGUGUUAGUUUUAAUAUUUAUCGGUAUUUAUUUGUGAUGCACGCAAGCGCAAAGCAAUUCUUUUUUUUCAUAUUUUUAGGACAAAUAA